AUGGCAGGUCGCGAAAAUAUGGCAGCAGGGCAGUACUUGAGCACGCCGGUCCCUACACUUGUCGACGUUCCAUCCGUUCUCAUCGCCACAUUCACGGAAUCAAGCCAGCAAGCAACAGCCAGCACAUCCACACUACACUCAGAACGAACAUACCCCAAAGCUACGACGCUCCCACAAUCGGACAACAUGCGUUUCAACAACAUCAACAACACUGCCAACGACGCCGCAGCCAUGCCCACCUCCGCCGCUCCACAGGGCGAGACAUUCCGCUUUCCGACACCCUUCCAGAUCGACCCCGUCCGCGACAACAACUUUCUCCUGGCCAUGAACUGGGCCGAUCCAGAGCUCCGUGCCGCUGUGAUUCGGUCGUUCGAACGAACUCACCUCGCUCUUGUCAACAACGAACCUCAUCCAGGCGGUGAGAUCUAUGGUCUCAGGCAGGAAAUUGAGGACCUGUUCAGCGGCCAGGCGGACAGAGAUACCGAUAAGGAGAUCGCCAAGAGGGUCGAGAGGGUAGAAGCUGAGCGUCUGGAAAGGGCCGCCGAGGAGGGAGCCCGGCGUGCUGAGGCGGAGGAAGCUCAACCUACCGAAGUGGACGAAGAAGCUUUCGCACUGGCGAACCCGACGUCACCAACCUACGCUCCUCGCUCACCUUCUCCGCUGGAGGAUCCGUGGACGCCCAGAUACGACCCAAUUUCACCAGGAACUCCACUUCAUCCGUACAAUCACCAGCAGUCUCCACCACUCGGUUCUGUGUCCGCCGAACAAGACCUCCCUCGCUCCGUGAGGCGUCGGCGCGAACGAGACUUCGACUCCAUAUCCCCGUUCCUCCUCCCAGCUCGCCUACUGGGUGAAAUCGUCGGCCAGGUUCGUGCUCCGAAAAGGGUACAUGAGACCAGGGUGUUGGGUACUGAGGUGUGGGGAGAUGAUCGGACGUGGUAUCGAGAUGGGACCGUCACGCCUUAUCACCCGCUUUCACCGGAGCCCGUGAUCUUCACGCCAUACCGACCAAUGUCACCGCGUUUCGUUCCUGACUCGCCGAACUACUCUCCCAUGUCACCGGAUCUUCCACCGGAUUCACCGCAGUAUGUGCCGGCCUCACCCAACAACAUGCCGGCUUUGCCUUCGCUCAGGACCAUCCUCAACACUCACUUGACCAAUGGACUGAUCAGGCCCACGGUGGGAAUGGCAAGCUCUUCAAAUGCAAUCGUAACGGCGAGAGAGGUGGAGGCCUCGUAUGAGUUCGUGGGUGAGGAGUAUCGGCCGACGAAGCGGAGGAAGGGAGUGGAUGGGGAGGGAGUAGCGGUCGCAGGCGGGCGGCGGGACGCUGUGGAUAUGACGGGGAAACAUGGGUUGGAGAAUCUGAGAGACUUGUGA